ACCCAUUUUGCAGUUGCUUGUUAAUAUUAGUUCUGACAUUUGGUGCAAGGAGAACACAUGGUUGGCCUGAAGAGUAAAGGCUCCGGGUGGCUCACGAACUUCUUUGAUAACUAACAGCUGAUAUUUCAACAGAGGGCACACAUGCCCCUCUUACCCAGGGUACUUCCCUAGCCUUUCCAAGGAAACAACCAAUGCCUCCAGGCUCUCUCUUUGAUGCCACUCAUGGACUUGCUUUGAGGGUCUAAAUGCAAGAAAGCUGUGUAUUGGAUAAUUAGCGAUGGAAGAAAAAACCUCUAGGAGAACAGUUCUAGGAGUAUUUGUUGCUUGGAACCCUCUCAGGAGCUUCCCAGGUGUAAUAUGAACCUAGACCCCUUAUGAAGAAGGCAGGGAGAGAUCAAAGAAAGAGGCAAGCUAUUCCAGCAUCAGUACCCCAGUUUACCAAUUCUCCCACAAUGGUGAUCAUGGUUGGCUUACCAGCUCGAGGAAAGACCUACAUCUCCACGAAGCUCACGCGAUAUCUCAACUGGAUAGGAACACCAACUAAAGUGUUUAAUUUAGGCCAGUACCGACGAGAGGCAGUAAGCUACAAGAACUAUGAAUUCUUUCUUCCAGACAACAUGGAGGCCCUACUUAUCAGGAAGCAGUGUGCCCUGGCAGCCCUGAAGGAUGUCCAUAACUAUCUCAGCCGUGAGGAAGGUCAUGUUGCGGUUUUUGAUGCCACCAACACUACUAGAGAACGACGGUCACUAAUUCUGCAGUUUGCGAAAGAACAUGGUUACAAGGUCUUUUUCAUUGAGUCCAUCUGUAACGACCCUGGCAUCAUUGCAGAAAACAUCAGGCAAGUAAAACUUGGAAGCCCUGAUUACAUAGACUGUGACCGGGAAAAGGUUCUGGAAGACUUUCUAAAGAGAAUUGAGUGCUAUGAGGUCAACUACCAACCCUUGGAUGAUGAACUGGACAGCCACCUCUCCUACAUCAAGAUCUUCGAUGUGGGCACACGCUACAUGGUGAACCGAGUGCAAGACCACAUCCAGAGCCGCACAGUCUACUAUCUCAUGAACAUCCAUGUCACACCCCGCUCCAUCUACCUAUGCCGGCAUGGUGAGAGUGAACUAAACCUCAGAGGCCGCAUUGGAGGUGACUCUGGCCUCUCAGCUCGGGGCAAGCAGUAUGCUUAUGCCCUGGCCAACUUCAUUCAGUCCCAGGGCAUCAGCUCCCUGAAGGUGUGGACCAGCCACAUGAAGAGGACUAUCCAGACAGCUGAGGCCCUGGGUGUUCCUUAUGAGCAGUGGAAGGCCCUGAACGAAAUUGAUGCGGGUGUCUGUGAGGAGAUGACCUAUGAAGAAAUCCAGGAACACUACCCUGAGGAAUUUGCACUACGGGACCAAGAUAAAUAUCGCUACCGCUAUCCCAAGGGAGAGUCCUAUGAGGAUCUGGUUCAGCGUCUGGAGCCAGUUAUAAUGGAGCUAGAACGGCAGGAAAAUGUACUGGUGAUCUGCCACCAGGCUGUCAUGCGGUGCCUCCUGGCCUACUUCUUGGAUAAGAGCUCAGAUGAGCUGCCAUAUCUCAAGUGUCCUUUGCACACAGUGCUUAAACUCACACCUGUGGCUUAUGGCUGCAAAGUGGAGUCCAUCUACCUGAAUGUGGAAGCUGUAAACACACACCGGGAGAAACCUGAGAAUGUGGACAUCACCCGAGAACCUGAGGAAGCCCUGGACACUGUCCCUGCCCAUUACUGAGCCCUUUCCAAGAAAGUCAAACUGCCUUUGUCUCCACUGGUUCCCACCUUUAAGUGCUGCUUACCUUGCACUUCUCUUACCUCAAGACGCUGGACUUGGUCUUACUAGAAGACCCCUGCUUCUAGUGAAGAAGCCCUCAGCAUCUCCAAAACAGGCCUCGAUUUCCAGCUACAACCAAGGAGCUUUCUAGUUAUGAAUGAAGCUUUUUCUUUCUUAAUUCCUAGUUCCUUAUCAAUAAAGCCUUCUCUUGCUGCCUACAA